GGUCUCAGUGUGUUGUCCUCCUUCUCCCUUCAGCCCACGUUCCUGGUGGAGUUGUCCAAAGUGUUGGCCAACCCUGGCAACACUCAGGUUGCCCGAGUGGCUGCCGGUCUGCAGGUGAAGAACUCUCUGACCUCCAAAGACCCCGAUGUGAAGACGCAGUACCAGCAGAGAUGGCUAGCCAUCGACGGCAACGCUCGCCGCGAGAUCAAGAACUACGUUUUACAGACUCUGGGCACGGAGACGUACAGGCCCAGCUCGGCCUCUCAGUGCGUCGCCGGCAUCGCCUGCGCCGAGAUCCCUGUGAACCAGUGGCCCGAGCUGAUCCCCCAGCUGGUGGCCAACGUCACCGACCCCUCCAGCACCGAACACAUGAAGGAGUCAACGCUGGAGGCCAUCGGCUACAUCUGCCAGGACAUCGACCCAGAACAGCUGCAGGAGAACGCCAACCAGAUCCUGACGGCCAUCAUCCAGGGCAUGAGGAAGGAGGAGCCCAGUAACAACGUGAAGCUGGCGGCAACCAACGCGCUGCUCAACUCUCUGGAAUUCACCAAGGCCAACUUUGACAAGGAGACGGAGAGACACUUCAUCAUGCAGGUGGUGUGUGAAGCGACGCAGUGUCCCGACACCAGAGUGCGUGUGGCGGCCCUACAGAACCUGGUGAAGAUCAUGUCUCUGUAUUAUCAGUACAUGGAGACCUACAUGGGUCCAGCUCUGUUUGCGAUCACCAUCGAGGCGAUGAAGAGCGACAUCGAUGAAGUGGCCCUGCAGGGCAUCGAGUUCUGGUCCAACGUCUGUGACGAGGAGAUGGAUCUGGCCAUCGAGGCCUCAGAGGUCUGUGCCUCGGAGCAGGGACGCCCCCCCGAGCACACCAGUAAGUUCUACGCCAAAGGGGCCCUGCAGUACCUGGUCCCCAUCCUGACCCAGACCCUCACCAAACAGGAUGAGAACGACGACGAUGACGACUGGAACCCCUGUAAGGCUGCAGGUGUGUGUCUGAUGCUGCUGGCCACCUGCUGUGAGGACGACGUGGUUCCUCACGUUCUGCCUUUCAUCAAAGAACACAUCAAACACCUCGACUGGCGCUACAGAGACGCCUCCAUCAUGGCCUUCGGAUCCAUCCUGGAGGGACCUGAACUCAACCAGCUCAAACCACUCACCAUCCAGGCGAUGCCCACCCUGAUCGAGCUGAUGAAGGACCCCAGCGUGGUGGUCAGAGACACCACAGCCUGGACCGUGGGGAGGAUCUGUGAGCUGCUUCCUGUAGCAGCCAUCAACGAGGUCUACCUGGCUCCUCUGCUGCAGUGUCUCAUCGAGGGGCUGGGAGCAGAGCCCAGAGUGGCCUCCAACGUCUGCUGGGCCUUCUCCUCUCUGGCUGAAGCAGCUUAUGAGGCUACAGAUGCUGCAGAGGACCAAGAGGAGCCCAGCACAUACUGUCUGUCCUCCUCCUUUGAGAUCAUCGUCCAGAAGCUUCUGGAGACCACAGACAGACCCGACGGUCACCAGAACAACCUUCGCUCUGCUGCCUACGAGGCUCUGAUGGAGAUCGUGAAGAACAGCGCUAAGGACUGUUACCCCGCGGUCCAGAAGACCACGCUGGUUAUCAUGGAGAGGCUGCAGCAGGUCCUUCAGAUGGAGUCUCACAUCCAGAGCACCUCAGACAGAAUCCAGUUCAACGACCUGCAGUCGCUGCUGUGUGCCACUCUACAGAACGUCCUGCGUAAAGUGCAGCAUCAGGACGCCCUGCAGAUCUCAGACGUGGUGAUGGCGUCUCUGCUGAGGAUGUUUCAGAGCACCGCUGGCUCCGGAGGAGUCCAGGAGGACGCUCUGAUGGCCGUGUCUACGCUGGUGGAAGUUCUGGGCAGUGACUUCCAGAAAUACAUGGAUGCCUUCAAGCCUUUCCUGGGUAUCGGAUUGAAGAACUACGCCGAGUAUCAGGUCCGUCUCUCUCCACCACGAAUAACAUCAUAACGCAAAGACUCCGACAGUAAAGCUGCGCGACGCAAAGACUCCGACAGUAAAGCUGCGCGACGCAAAGACUCCGACAGUAAAGCUGCGCGACGCAAAGACUCCGACAGUAAAGCUGCGCGGCGCAAAGACUCCGACAGUAAAGCUGCGCGACGCAAAGGCUCCGACGGUAA